CAUCUGUCUACGCAGACGGAAAACAUAAAGAAUUCGACUGUCACUGUCACCCUACCUACUGCCUCCUUGUCUGUUGGAGAAACAACACGCAUCGUCCUAUCAACUCCAAUCAGAUCCAGUUCUAAAACGAGACCGCUCCGCCUGCACUUGGAGAUUUUGCUUCCACAUCUAGCUCUACAGAGACAGUCCAACCAGGCUCCUCCCAGUUGACACAUAUCGCCGGCGUCCACAAUGUCAGGCCUCGAAAAGGCUCUGUUUAAUCUUAAGUUCACCUCCAAACAACUGAAUCGACAAGCUGCCAAAGCCGACAAGGACUCUCGAACCGAACAAGCCAAACUCAAGAAAGCCCUCACCCAGACCCCUCCACAACCUCAGAUUGCCCGUCUCUAUGCCACCAACUCGAUCCGCAAUUCGCAACAGCGAGUACAGCUGCUGACGUUGGCCGCUCGAAUCGAUGCAGUUGCAGCAAGAGUUCAAACGGCCAUUACCAUGCGAACGGUGACGCAGUCAAUGGCACAGACUGUGAAGGGAAUGGAUGUGGCAUUGAAGAGCAUGGACCCAGCAAAGAUUGGGGCUGUGAUGGAGACAUUUGAGGCGCAGUUUGAAGACCUCGAUGUUGUGUCUGGUUAUUAUGAGGCUGUGGCUGGUGGGGUUGAGAGCCAGCAGGUCGGGGUUCAGGGACAAGGCGAGGUGGACGCCUUGAUGAAUCGGGUUGCCGACGAAGCCGGUGUGGAGUUGUCACAGGAAAUGCAACAGCAAGUGCCCGAGCAUGAGUUACCAACUGCAGAGAGUGCGGACCGGGCGAAGCUGGAAGAGGGACUCGGGGAUCGUUUGCGGGCUCUGAGAAAUUGAGAGGAGAUAAUGAUUGUACGGCGUCAUGUUGACGAUGAUGACUCAGAAUCCAAUGAACGCGGGCAAGGGGUCGCUGGCGCUGGCAUUGGUAUUGUGGACCCUUGGUAUAUCACAGACGCUUUAUGUGAAUGAAACGGAUUGAAUUGACAGUCUC